UUCUGUAAUAAGAACAUUUUUCCCCGUUGAGAUUCCUUGAUCCUUUCCUGUAGACUUAUGAUUCUGUCUGUUAUUAGUGUGUGAAUUAUUAAGUUGAAAUCGAAUCACUAUCAGAGUUUGUAGUUUCAAGUUUUUACCUGAGUUAAUGCGUGUUGCAUAUUUAGUAUAAGUUAUUGAACUAAUAAACAGAGUUUGAAGCCUUACCACAGGGAAACGAAUAGUGGGGGAAACAAAAGCGUUUCAGUUUUUAUGUCUUAAAUGGAUGCUGUGUGAUGUAAAUAAAGCCAUACCUUCUUAUAAUUUUGCUUAGCAGUAUCAAAAUUCUUUCAGAUGGAGUGUAGUAUACCUCAGGCUUUCCAAAGUAAGUCUGCUACAUCUGAUGUGAAAAAUCUGCAGCCUGGACAAAGUCCUCCCAAAGCCAUGCUGCAUGUCAAUUUUGAUUUGGAUAAUGAAGAAAUCCAUGAAAGAAAGAAAAAAUAUUUGACUGCCAAAUAUGGACAGCACCAAAUGAGCUUAAUAAAAAAGCGACUACGUGUGGAAAUGUGGAUGUAUGACCAACUACAGGUUUUAUAUGACAGUUCAGAAGAGUCUGGUAAUUAUGAAGUGGAAAUAGACUUAGAUGAACUUUUAGACAUAGAAGCUGAACCUGCGAGACGGGAAUGGUUAAGGAAUAAGCUAGUUGGUGUUAAACAGUCUGAAGAAGCAGUUGAGAGGUUUAUAACAGAGCUUCUACAAAGAGCUGCCACACUUUGAUCUGUGUUGUUAUUAGUGAUUUUAGUAUCUAGAAUAUAUGAAGUAUCAUGCCUGGUGAGUUCCUGUUGGAUUGAGAAUAUUUCUGCAGGAUACCACAGUUUUUAAUUGUUAAAUAUUUUGUUGAUUUCUAACUCCCACCCUUAUGAUAAGAAUGUAAAGACAUUAGAAGGUUCUAUUAAUUAACAUUUGUAUUUCAUGUGAAUUCUUUCGAAAAUGCUUGAUAUUGCUUGCUGUAACAUAUAGGGAUCUCAACAUGCUAGUCAUGUUAAAAAGUGUACAGUUCCCACCUUCUAGUGUUAUGUGGAAAGAAAUGUGCUUCAGCUAGUUCUGAAUGGAAAACGUUUAUGUAAUGGAUCAAUAUAUCUGCUAUAUGUCUAAAUGUGACUGUUUUGAGAAUUUUUAUGUUUCAUUAGUGGAAAGAUGUGAUUAGAACAGGCGUAUCAGACUUGUGGCACUUCGUUUUUGUUAUCUUUUUGGAUGUCUAAAAUACUUUCAUAUUCUGAGUGCUUGCAUAUUUACUACGAGUUAUUUAUAAUGCUGUCAAAUUAACAGAAAAUUUUUGUUCUGAAUUAGUUUUGUCUGUUAAAAAUUAUUUGAAAUAAUUUUUGCUGUUCUCAUAACCAGAGCUUUUAUAAUUAGUAUUGUUAUAUUUUAUAAACCUUUGUGCUAACCUGCACAUAAAUUUUGCGAUUUUAUGAUUGUAAUGAUUAUUUAUGCUUCUACAUAAUAGACCAUUUCAAUUACAUCAAAAAAUUUUUUAAAAAAGUGAAUUAUUGUAAGUAUUUUACUUAACAUUUUGAAUGGUAUAUCAGUAAUGAUGAGUGUGGUUUGUAUGGGAGAAACUACAUUGAGUGAAGCAGAUGUCAAACUUGUCAUAAUUGGAUUUUAAAUUCAAUCUUAAUUUGAAUCUGAAAUAUAUAUGAUGUUUUAAAAUAAGAAAAAUUAAUGGUACUUACAUGUUAUCCCGUCAACUGUUGGAGGAAAUUUCGGCACGUUACCAAUCAUUACUGGAAAUUCUAGAAGACAUGGUCAUUCAUGAUUGGCUCUAAAUCAUGCUACUUAGUAGGUUGACAGAAUAAUACGUAAGUACCAAAUUAAUUUAUGUAGAGGAAAAUUUGCCAUUAAUAAUGAAGAUAUGAAAUUAUUUGAAUUUCUAGUGGUAUGAGUAUGAUAUGCCUGAAUUAAUGUAUUGAAGUCAAAGUUUGAAUUUGAAAUUCUUAUUCUUCAAUACGUAAUGUAGAUAAGAAUCCAUUGUAUAAAGAAAUUUCAAAUAAAUCUCAGUUUUGCAUUACAUUUCUUACUGUCCAUUCAUACCAAUAUUGCUAUUGCACUGUAUUGUAUGAUAUUCAAACUUUCACUCCAGUGAAUAAGUAUUUUUAUAUGCUUGAAGAAUUUGUAUCUUUUCUCAAGCUUGUGAGAAUGUCUCAAGUCAUUUUCUUCUGAAUUGCUCAAGUUUUACUUCUGUGUUACACUUUGCAUAUCAUGUGCUUAGAUCUGAUUAUGACUGAAAUAUUUUAUGUGGUGUGUCUUUAGUUACAUAUUCCCAUUUCUGUUCUGCUGACUGAAACUAAAAAAAAUUUUGAACUGAGGUUUGCAAAAUUUUAGUUAAUAAAUCUGUUUCUUAAAUAUUUCAAAAUUAUGUACAUUUUGAAAAAUUCUUAUUUUGAGGAGUUUGUAGUAUAGAACAAGGUUGAGAGGUGCUUUUUAUUGUAGGAUCAGUUUUUAACAUGUUCACUGCCAUCUACGAGAAUACUUGUAGUUAGUGAACUGGGUUUACUUGUCAGCUAUGAGAUAAUUCAUUAUUUAUCACCUUACGUAAAUGACUGAAUAAUAGUAUUGUAGUAAAUGAAUGCAGUGCUUAGGUGUUUGGCAUUAGGAACUGAUGAACACUUGGUGUAUCCUGAAGUGGAUGAUUUAUUUCUCAAACGUAGUUAUCAGAUCAUUUAUUUCUCCAAACUAUAACUAAAUGUUCAGAGUGCCAUUUUUAGUUUAUAUAUUUGUUUAUUCACUUGUGAAAUGUUAUAAGCAGUCUGCUCAAAUCCUUGUUCAGUGACUCGUGUAGGACACGGAGAACAAAUGCCCACCGGUGGUCGAGUGGUAAAAGUUGCUGAACACUUGUAGUUCAGUCUGGGGUUUGAACCCUGGCAAAUGGGAAAUCCCUUUAUAGUAAAAGAAAUGAGCUUAGUUGAUGUAUCUUUGGGAUUCAUUAUGCAUACUUCAGAGCUUAUCUGCAACUUUUGAGACUACUUUAUUUGAAAAGACUAGCAUAUUUUUCGUUAACCUUCCAACUGUAAAAUCCAAAAUUAUGAUGAAAAAGAGAUAGUCAUAAUAAUAUCAAAAACGGCACUACUACUUUAUACAUAGAUUCUUUUACUUUUAAGAUACUGUCUUAAUUUCUUGCUACUUCAAGAUAUAUGCAUUUAUACUUAACCCUUUGAGUACUGAAUUAUUUGAAGAUUUUUAUACCCAUGGGAUGGAUUUACUUUUCGCUAUAUGGAUUAAUAUGUAAAAGUAAUACAUGUCAUUUGGAAUAUACUUCUAUUGGUGAUGUAAAUAUAUUUUUGAAACGGCAUUUUAAAAUCGGACUCGUCCACCAUAACUUCACCCAAGUAAGCAGAUGACGAGUCUCACUCGUCAAAUGUACCCAAAGUGUUAAAGGUAUUGCAAAAAAAUAUUCUGGGACAUGUACGUAUGACUUGUUUUGGUGGAGGGUUAAAAAAGUCAUUGAUAUCAUGGAUAUUAGUUUACCUGUGAAAAUCGGAAUAACUCUUUAGUAAAUCCUCAAAAUCAAGAUCAAGUUUAAAAAUAUAAAAGAGAUAUCUAUAAAAAAAUAAACAUAAGAUGUAAAAAUUUACUGAACUGAUUUUUGCUUUAUUGUUUUGAAUUCAAAGGAUUUUGAGAUUGUUUUUCAUAAGAUGGUGGAACUGACAGUUAUAUGUCUGAUGCAUUUCUUUUAAAUGGUUGAGUGCUUUAUUUAAUAGCCAUUAGUCGUACGUGGGCAGUCGUCACAAACCACUGUACUGGUUGGGUGGCUUGUAUGUUGCAUGUUAUUUGUAUAAUAAAUAAGAUUCAUGUAUAAAAGUUUAACUACAAAAGUAAUGAUCAAAACUUAAAACAUAGAAGCUUUAUAUUCCAGGUAUUUCAUUUUGUUUUUGAUUGAUAAAAUAACAUUUGAAGUGCAGGUUUUGUAAUGUCAGUAUUCUUUAAGGACAAAAUUCGCAUUGAAAGAAUGGAAAUGGGAAUGUGUCAAUACAUAUAAACAUAAAUGUACAAAAGUAUAAAAAAUGUUCAUUGUUUAAGCUUAUAAAUAAAUCUUGUUAUUAAUUUUAGGAUAUUUAGUUUUAAACAUCAUUGGAAUGGAUAUAAAUAAAUUUGAAAUUGAUUCUUAUACUGA